GCCUGCUGAAACCAGGGAGAAUUUCAGAGUCUACGCUAGGGCCGAGUUUCAGAAACAGGUGACAGUCAGUAAGAAAGACUUCACUGCGAUAGAGUAUCUGCUACGGAAAGGGCAGCGACAGCUCGAGACGUAUUCUUCACCGGGCAUUCGCAACAUUCGCUAAAAUGCGCAAUGACGGUUAAUCUCGGUAUCGGGCCCUCUGCCCCCGAAAAGCCCACGCAUUCAAUUAGAGGCAACCAAGAAAAAAAAACGGAGUACGGAUAUUAAAUCACGUGAUCCUUGCAAUCGAACGUCAUGGAAGGUUCAUAUCUCUUAUCUUAUCGACUGGCGAUGGAAACAUCCAGCGACAUCUUGGACUGUCUAGAAAACAAAUUUGGUCAACCCUCCAGGUUAUGCCAGAAUGCCCGCCUCGGACAUGUAACAGCUUCUGCCUCAUCUCCAUCCAGAUUUCAGAUUCACUUUACCAAUCAGUCCUCUAUUCUCGCGCGACAUAUUCAAUUUGUCAAAGUCAAGUCUACGAGAUAUCAUCCUCAAACCGUCUAUAUUCAAUCACACACCAUGGCUUUCUUUCCCCGUUUCACAAACGACCUCACCCCGCUCUUUCAGCUAUUAGAUGAUUACGAUCAUCAUCGCUCGAGCCGCCCAAAGCCCAGAAAAGUCGCACCGUCGUUCUCGCCUAAAAUCGAUAUUUGGGAAGACGACGCUUACCACCUCGCUGCAGAACUCCCUGGUGUAGAACCACACAAUAUCCAGAUUGAAUUCUCUGACCCAUACACCCUGAUCAUCAAAGGAAAUACUGGCCACAACUCUUCCGACGAAGCACGAGAUCCCGUUACCAAGUUCUAUCACAAGCCAACUGUUGAAGACGAGAACGAAGCGAAUGACACUACGACGCCCGAGCCAUCGUCAGACAAGUCUUCGGUUCAACAACUAGUGAAGCAUAAAAACGCCGAGCCAGCCAGCAAGUACUGGGUAUCUGAGCGGUCAACCGGCGAGUUUCACCGAGCUUUUACCUUCCCCGCAAGAGUGCACCAGGAUGCAGUCAAGGCCAACCUCAAGAAUGGCGUUCUAUCACUCUUGAUCCCCAAAGAACCGGAACCCAAAGUGAAGAAAAUCCGCAUCGAAUAGGCGCACAUCGUCAUCCAUACAUCAUGCGGAAGCACGAAAGGCCUUGAUAUGUUUGCAUAGUAGGGAGUUUGGUUUUGCACGUUCAUGGGCACAGAAUCUUAUCCUCUAAAUGUGCUUAUGCCUUCUGUAUUUAAUGUGUUUCAUGACCUAUACCUCAACAUUAAUCGAAUUUUGCAGAUUAUAACAUGA